GUGGUCCAAACAUUUCUGAUAAUAAUUACCCAAUACUUUUCAUGUAGCUUUGCAUCCCUUCCCCGAAUUACUUAAAUUGAGGCCCUAUACUAUACAUUUGUCUCGUUUCUUUUUAACCUUCAAAAAGCAGAGUCGCUGAGUGUAUCUGUGGAAUCUCUCAUCAUGUGAUUCCUCUGGUUCGUCCAUUUCUGUUCCUCCAUUGAAGUUGAAGUGGUGCCUUCUUUCAUGCACCCUGUUUAGGGUUUUCUUAUCUCCAUUGCAAUCUCUCUCAAUCUCUUUGUUAGGAGGCACUCAAUCACAGGCGAUUUGACUUGAAACUUGGAGCAACUUACUUCGUUACAAGGUCUCUGUGGAAAGUAUUCAAGUUCCUUCUUUUUCUAUCCUGUUGCUCUGCGAUUGGAUCGAUCAAACAAAACAACUUGAAAUCUCUAAGAAAAACAAGGCAAAUUGUUAUCUGGGUACAGGUCAAAAUUUUGAACCUAUCACUCUUGUUUUAGAUUCUGGUUUCUUUGUUUCGUCACGAUGGACGAUGGGGAGAUUGAUUAUUCAAACCAAGAGAUGUUUUCAAGUCUAAACAUUGAUGAACUCCGAAGCUGUUUCUUUACCGUUAGUGAUUUGGAUGAAUUUAUGAAGGAAACAUGCACUCAUGCCCACACUUGCAACCCACCAGGCCCUGAUACCUCUCAUACACACACUUGUCAUCACGUGCACACCAAAAUUCUGCCUGCCGCAACUCAAGAUAAGUUGGUUUCCACUGAUGAUAUUGUAGAGUCCUCGGAAAAGAAAUCAAAGAAAUGUCCAAUGGGUAAUCGUGAAGCAGUUCGCAAGUACCGCGAGAAGAGGAAGGCUCGCACUGCAUCGUUAGAGGAUGAAGUUGUGGGAUUGAGGGCUAAGAAUCAGCAAUUGGUGAAGACAUUGCAAGAUCGAGAUGCUGAGAUUGGAAGGCUCAAGUGUUUGCUUAUGGACUUCCGAGGGAGGAUUGAUGGGGAGAUUGGCUCUUUUCCUUAUCAAAACCUGGCUACUCCGAACAUGCCCGGUGCUUUUGUGAUAAGCCCAUGUAAUCAGGUCUACUGCCUUCAACCAGGGGCGGAAAGAAAAAGUGGGGAAGAUUCAUCAAUGAAUGGUCAAGGCUUCGGCUGUUGUGAAUUUGCAUAUCUACAAUGUUUGGGGAACCAGAAUGCUGGACCGAAGAAGUUCCCUGGUUGUGGACUAGGGAAUGUAGCUUCUAUCGUCAAGUCUUCCGGUGCGAACUAGGAAACACGGCUGCAGAUACAUAUACAGAAUACGGGUGCCUCUAUACAGAUACGUUUGUAAAAAAUGGGAAAAGAUAGGGAUCAUGAAAAUUUUGUCAUGAAAAUGAUCAUGAAAAAUUUAUGAUCCUUGGAUUACCUUGAUUAGUGUGCGGCGUUUUAUUCUAAGUGUAAUCCA